AUGGAUCCACUCAGCAUCACAGCCAGCAUAAUUGCAGUGCUCCAGCUCUCCGCGAAGGUCCUUGGAUACCUCAAUGACGUUAGGGAUGCGCCCAAAGAUCGGGCCAAGUACGCGAUUGAGGCCUCGAACGUGCACAAUCUCCUUACUAGUCUGAGGUUCCUCCUUGAGGAGAAAAACGCUAAUGUGCCGUGGUACAAGGCUGUCUGUGACCUUGGAGUUCAGAAUGGACCGCUCGACCAGUUUAGGCAAGCGCUGGAAACCCUGCAGAGUAAGAUAACAGACGGGGGUCGAUUGAAGAAGGUCGUCGAAGCGCUAGUAUGGAAGUUCAAGAGGGAGGAGAUUGCUAGCAUACUAGAUCAAAUAGAGCGGUUGAAAAAUCUGGUGGGGAUCGCAUUACAGGUGGACCACUUGAGCAAACUAUCCCAAGCUAUUAAAGGCGAUACCGACUUCAUUCGAACAUGCGUAUCAGCAACAAAGUCUGGGGUUGACCAGAUUCGGCAAGAUCAAGCCGAUGAAAAGCGCAGGAAGAUAGUGGAAUGGAUCUCGCCUACGAACUACCCAGCCCAGCAAUCAGACAUCAUAGCUCGCAGACAGGAGGGGACAGGUAAGUGGUUUCUGGGAGCGCCCGAGUUCGCAAGGUGGCUCGGUGAGCCCAAGGGCACGCUAUUCUGCCCAGGGAUUCCUGGCGCGGGCAAGACGAUGGUGGCUGCGAUCGCGAUCGAUCACCUGUUGCACUCUACGCAGAGCAGCUCGAUAGGAGUUGCAUACGUGUACUGCAACUACAAGGAUCGGGAGGAGCAGGAUACUUCGAGGAUGUUGGCAGCCAUCGCCAAACAGCUGGUGCAACGUCAACCACCAGCGGCAGAGCCUGUAGAACGACUGCAUAAGAAGCAUCACGACCUCGGCACAAAGCCGACAAUCGAGGAGAUAUUCAGCGCCCUUCAAGAAGUCAUUGCGAAGUAUUCCACAGUCUAUCUUGUCAUCGAUGCUCUGGACGAAUGUCGAGAUAUUGAUGGCACUCGUAGUCAGCUUCUGACUAAACUCAGAGGCUUACAAAUAGAACAAGAUGUUCGCAUCAUGGCCACUGCGCGGUUCAUACCAGAGAUUGAAGCUGAGUUUCAAGCGGCGAUGAAACUAGAAAUACGAGCCAGCGAUGAUGACGUGAGAUGUUAUGUAACUAGCCAGAUGCACCGACUGCCCCCGUGUAUUCUGCGUAAACCUGCGCUGCAGGUCAUGGUGCAAGACGAACUUGUAAAGGCGGUAGAUGGCAUGUUUCUUCUUGCCCGCCUGCACACAGACUCACUCUUGGACAAGCAAACAGUAAGAGAAGUGAAGUCGACAUUAGGCCGCUUCUUGAAGGGCUCAGCUACGAUUGACGACGCCUACGACGAGGCCAUUCAACGCAUAAAUGGUCAACUAGACGGAAAUAAGAAGCUGGCUAAGAAAGUAUUGUCGUGGAUCACGCACGCAAAACGGCCGCUCCUCACGGCGGAGUUGUGCUGUGCCCUAGCGGUGGAGCGUGAUGAAACAGAACUCGAUCCAGAAGGUGUUCCAGAUGUCGAGCACCUGCUAUCUUUGUGUGCUGGCCUUGUCGUUGUUGAUCCGGAAACCGCUGUUAUCCGUCUCGUGCAUUACACUACCUAA